GAAGAGCUUUUGAUUGAUUUUUGUGAAAUUAUUGGCGAACACAGUGGUGCAAAUCUUGCCGAAGCUGUGUGGAACACACUCGAACUUUACAGACUCAAAGAUCGGAUCAUGGGUGUCGUAUGCGACAAUGCUACGAACAAUGAUACACUACUUGAAUCCCUUGAAGAAAAGUGUUCCGCUGAGGGGAUCGACUUCUCGCACAAGAAAGCACGGAUCCAUUGUUUGCCACAUAUUGUGCACCUAUCU